CGGAAAUAAAUAUACCUAAAUCUCCAACUUUCAACAAUCAAACAGUCUUUCGGCAACGUCCCCCGUACGGGACUAUCCAGAUGUAUGUCAAGAAGCGCAGACCAUCGCCUGAAGGAUGAGGGCUCCAAGACGCAAGUCGUCCUCGCUGGAGCCACGGCCGGGUUAAUUGCACGCUUUGUCAUUGCCCCUCUCGAUGUCGUUAAAAUCCGCCUUCAACUCCAAACCCAUCCCGGUCGCACGAUCAUCCAACCCCAUCCUCCCUCUACGCAACCGCCCCUCUACAAAGGCACCCUCCAGACCCUCGUCCGAAUCUUUCGCGAGGAAGGCCUCACUGCUCUCUGGAAAGGCAACAUCCCCGCCGAAGCCCUGUACAUCACCUACUCCGCCGUGCAAUUCACAACCUAUCGCCUCACAACACUAGGCCUACAGUCCCUCUUCUCAACGCAUCCCCUCUCCCCGCCCACGGAAUCGUUUGUCGCCGGUGCCACCGCCGGUGCUGUCUCUACUACGGUUACAUACCCACUCGACCUACUGCGCACCCGGUUUGCCGCCCAAGGCACCCAGAAAGUCUACCCCAGCCUCUGGUAUGGCAUCCGUUCCAUCGCUACCAACGAAGGUCCCGCGGGCUUCUUCCGCGGCCUGUCCGCAGGCAUAAUCCAAAUCGUGCCAUACAUGGGCCUUUUCUUCUCCGUCUACGAGACACUGCGCCCCUACAGCGCGACGCUGACACUACCGUUUGGAUCUGGCGAUGCGGUGGCUGGUGUAGCGGCCAGCGUGUUUGCCAAGACUGCCGUGUUCCCGCUUGAUCUGGUCAGGAAGCGGCUGCAGGUUCAGGGUCCGACGAGGCGGCAGUAUGUCGUUGGUGGGUUGGCGUAUAGAGGCGUUGGGGGGAGCAUGAAGGCGAUUGUGAGGAGAGAGGGGUGGAGAGGGCUGUACAGGGGAUUGACGGUUAGUUUGGUCAAAGCAGCGCCGGCGAGCGCGGUGACGAUGUGGACAUAUGAGCGUGCGUUGGCAUUUUUUAUAAGCUUGGAUCAGGCGAAGGAACAAGAGCAGGAGGCGACGUCGCCGUGAAUAUAGUUGGGAAUGGGAACUGGCGCUCGGUGUGUAACUGGAUGGGGGUUAUUUGUAGAAUUACUGUAAUAUGUACAAGAUGCUGCUCGUGCGUCUGCGGAAAAGUCUACGUAUCAGUCACGUAAAGGCAAGGAAAAGCCAACAAACACUACCAGCGAUACUUUUAGAAGAUACUAGUAAUAAAUAUAAUAAGGACUUUUUAUUAUCUAU